AUGGCCUGGCAAGUAGUUUCAUGCCCCCAGACGGAGGCUGGUUUGAGCUGCCUGCUUUCUUGUUUGUAUGUCCUUGCGAGUGAAGAUGAAGAAGCAAUCAGCAAACUUGUCGCUUCAGCUUGGAAAGCCCUACCGUUUCCACCAUUUUGCCUGGGCCUGCGGCUGUUGCUAGAGGGGCGCACGCAGCAAACACAGAAUGCCGAGAAGGCAGCAUUGGCAAAUGGCUUCUUCCAACUCUUGGACACCAUAGCUCCAGAGCACAUUGCUCGACAAACUUUGUUCGAACACUCGCGUCUACUUCUCUCACAUCUGUUGCAGCCUGCGGCAUCCCGCGAUCUCAUAGCCUUGCAAGCGCCUCGAUUUCAAACAGUUGCUUUGACGUGCGGCGUUAGCCAUGAGCCAGUCGUUUUCCUGCCGGAUCUUCCGAACGUGGCCUUUAACAGGGAUGCUGUAAUGCAAUAUCUUGCAGAUAACCGCCCAAACGAUGGGGCCACUGAUGAAGUCGAGGAGAAGGCCGUGUUUGAGGAAGGACCGCUGCACGGCAGAACUGCCGAAGAGCUCAUAGAGAGCUACACAGCAUCGCGCCUUGUGAGAGCUUAUGCUCCCAUAUCUGAGUGCCUGGUGAUGGAGCUUGUUGACAAGCAGAUUGUGCCCUUGUCAAGAGACCAGUUCCCAUCGUGGACGGCCUUGCGCACUUAUUGUGGGACGGAAGCAGCCCAGUGCAUGCGGUUGCUUAGUGCCCUGUCGUUGAAGAGCUGCAGAUGCCCGCCCAAGCUCACAAAGACCAAGGAGGGUGUUGUUGUAGUCUUUACGGGGCAUAGAAAAGCGGCUGCAGGUAGCGCCGUGAUCUUCUCACCCAGUUUAGGCGGUGAGGAACACAUGGAUCUUGACUUAGCAGCGAAGAACCUGUCCGAAGUUGGUGGCAGCUUUGAUGCAGAAGCUCAGAACAAGGAAGUGCGCGAAGGCAUCAUUGUUUGUCUGGAUGUUUCUGAUUCCAUGGGGUUGCAUUCGUCUUUCGAAGAGGAUCAGGAAACUGGGCUCGGAGAGGGGAGUUCUGAUGAAGAGGAGGAACCCAGCAAUGACUCUGAAGAGGCCCGACAGUGCCAUUUGAAGCGCUUUGCCUUGCAACCAGGAAUGGCUCACGUUCGGCAAAUGAUUCAACAACGCUCCGGUUUGCGAGAGCGGGCAGUCUUCGCAAGCGCGGUGUUGCGAGAUUUUGCUGUACUGGCGCAAGUUACCGGCAGAGGCUCCCCUGAGGAUGCUCGACGACUGGUUAAGUACAAGGAAGAGUUUGCAAAGACGUUGCUGGAGCAGGGCGAUGACGAUCCACCGCCAGAGUUUUGCUGUCCCAUUACCAGAGGCUUGAUGAAGAAUGCGGUUUGUGCCCCAGAUGGGUUCACAUACGAAGCCGAUGCUAUCGCGGAAUGGUUCUGCAGGGCCAAAACCUCGCCUAUGACCGGCCAACAAUUGACAGAUACUACGCUUAUUCCCAAUCACGUGCUACGCUCCCAGACUCAAGACUGGCGUGAGUGUCAUGCUGAGCCGAAGUCCACAAGACCUGCAGCGUCAGAAGAAGAAAAGCUGCAUGUGGUCUGCUAUAUGCGGCAAGGCCCCAGAGAGAUGGUUGAGUUGGAGUUGCCAGGUACGGCCACCGCCGCCUCUUUGAAGCAAGAACUGAGGGCUUUCACAGGCAUGCAUCCGGCUCGCCAUCUGGUCUACCACUCAGGGAAUCUGCUGCCGGAGCUCGUGCCGCUCAGAACUGCUGGCGUCUGUGAUGGAUCUCCACUGGAAGUCUUGACAUCAAAUCUCUUCACCUCCUGGACGGAGCUCGUGCGCAUUGUCCACCGUCAGCAGGUCGGAGAUGGCUUCCUUGCCGGAACGCUCUUGUCCGACGAUCACUGCGUUGGACACUAUGCAGGCGAAGCAGACCAUGUCGUUUUGGAGUUUGAUUUGAACCGACAGCAGAGAGAGAAGGUUGUCAAGCAGCUCUUCAACGCUUUCAUCGACAGGUCCCUUGCCUACGACAACCCCUGCGCCAUUGGCUUGGUAUGCUUUGGUGAUUCGGUGCAGGUGCGCUGUGAGUUGACUCCUGCUUAUGAGAGCUUCCGGGAUAGCAUCGCUGAAGUCAAGCCCAACGGGAGCACUCGGCUCUUUGAUGCCGUGCAGACAGCUGCAGAGCAACUCGAGGCUUGGAAGGUGCGGGAACUCACAAAACUUGGCCGGGACGGCAGGGCCCCGAAGCUCAGGCUCGUGGUCCUUUCCGAUGGUUGCGACACAAAGUCUCAGCACUCUGCACCAAAGGUAGCCUCUUCCUUGCAGAAGAUGGGCGUGAUUGUUGAUGCUGUGAUGAUCGGCAACGAGACGGAACCCGACCUGCACGCGAUUUGCAAGGCAACCGGCGGAUACGUAUUCAGGCCGGCAAGCCUGAAGGAUGCGGUGCGCUUGAAUGAGUUGGAGACAUUCCUGUUCAGCCUCGACAGACCACCUGCGAACGUGUCGCCGAUGGCCUGGGCCACCAAGGAAUGCCUGGAGGCCUAUGGCCCCGCCCACUACUCUGUGGACCCAUGCAGUGAGGACCAAGUACCACCUCGCAGGCAGCCCACGCAGCUGGGAAACCACGUGCACGGCCUGCAAGACGCGCUUCACCAGACCCAAGAGACCAAUGCAGGUGCCGCUGAGGCAAGGACCCGACGGAUCAUGGCGGAGAUGCGCAUCCUGCACACAGAGCCUCACCCCGCCUUUGACAUUUUCCCCAGUUGCGAUGACAUUUCUUGCUGGAAAGCUACGGUGUCUGGCCCAGAGGGGACGCCCUAUGCUGAUGGCGUGUGGCUUCUUUACAUAAUAUUCCCACAACAGUUUCCCGUGGAGCCACCGGAGGUUCGAUUCAUCACGCCGAUCAAACAUUGCAACAUAAAUCAGCAUGGUCGCGUAUGCCAUUCCAUCCUUGGCCGCAACUGGACACGAGAGACUCGAACGAGGAGUGUUCUGGAGAGCAUUUAUGGGUUGCUGCUGUCGCCAGAUGUUGACGAUCCCCUGGACAGCACGCUGGCGCUGGCGUUCUAUGAUGACAGCGGCUUGUAUGAGUCCUCUAUUGUGGCCUUGCAGGUGGAUUUGGAGGCCGGAGUUUCUGCCGCUGCCACUGGGCUGAAUGGCGUGACAGAGGAUCUUGUGGCCAAACUUAUGCGUUUGUCUACGGAGCUCGGCUCUGCUAUGCUGUCGGCAAGCACCAAGGCAAAGGCGGUGGCUCCGAAAGCACAAAUGGCAGUGCAGCCUGCAGCCGCGCGCAUUAAGGCGUUGCUGGGAGGCAUGGCAGCGGCUCAGUUCCCUGCAUCCCGCCCUUGGCUCGACGCUGCGAUUGAGGCAGACCCGUUUGACCUCAACAGCUGGGACGCGCGGUUGCGCGAGGCCAUUCAGGAGGGCAAGGCAGAACCUGUCUUCGAGAGGGCCGUAGCGCAGCUGCCUUAUGCUGCACGCAUCUGGGCAGCGUACGCUGAGUGGUUCGAGAUGCAGGACUCGGCAGCGGCUUUGGGAGUUUACAAUCGCUGUCUGCAACAAGUGCCCAAUUUGGACCUUUGGCUGUCCUAUCUCAACUUCUCCAAGCGGCAUCAGACCUUGGAGGAAGUGCUUCGCUCUUACGGGAGAGCAUUGGACGUGCUUGGCAGCGACUGGCGGGCAGCACCUAUAUGGUCUGACUACCUCGCUUUGCUGAAGCAUGCUUACAACGUCCAGCAGAAGCGGGAGAACCCGGACGCCGAGCUGCAAGGAAAGCUCCUGGCUGAAGACCCAAAUCCAAUUGACAACGCUCGUCGAAACCUCAAGCCUGCCCUGAAGCAAAAGCAGGAGGAAGCUGGGCGAGCGUCCGCUGACAUAUCCGAUGCCGAAUUUCUCCGGGUGUCGGAGAUUCUGAGGAUUGACACGGACUUUCUCCGCAAUGUCUUCCAGCGCUGUGCGGGAGCUUCUCAUAGCACGAUGGACAAGCUCUGGGUGGGCUACGAGCAGUUUGAGAAGUCUCAGGGCAACCCAGCUUUGGCGGCGAAGCUGAUGGCUGAGCAUAUGCCGCGAUAUGUGAAGGGCAAGGCAGCGUACAAGGAGCUUUCUCAGCUAGCUGCCGGCAUAGAUCACUAUGCUGUCGCGGUGCCACUGACACCGCAGAAUGUGGCGGAGCAGAGCAAGCUGUUCGAAAAGUGGCGCACCGUGCUACGCUUUGAACGGACGAAUCCGCUCCAGCUGGGUGCUGAGGAAUGGACGGUGCGUGUCGCGCUGGUCUACCAACAGGCGUCAUUGGCAUGCGGCUUCUUCCCAGACUUGUGGUUUGACUUCUCUGCUUGGCUGGACUUAGGUGGCAAGCAGGAUCAGGCCACAGACGUCUUGCGGAACGCGGUCGACCGCUUCUUGCCGAAGGAUCUGACCCUGCGAUUGUUGCUUGCCCAGCGCUUCGAGCUGGGAGAAUCACCGCUUACUGCAAGCAAGCUGGAAGCAGCAGAUGAUGAGUACAAGAAGCUGAUGGAGGACAUGCCGAAGCCGUGCCCAUUGGCCCUCAUCAAUUACCUGGCCUAUGUCAGAAGACAACGAGGAGCAAACGAUUUUCGGGACACGUUUGUGGAGGUGACAGAGGCGUCGCCACACUGCAGCUGGGAGGUGUAUGUGUUUGCGGCGAUGACAGAGUAUCACGUCUACGGAUCCAUGGAGGCGGCCGCUGCCGUGUUCCGCUGGGGCUUGGAGCGCUAUGGUGACCGUGAGCCGGCGCUGCUGGCAGCCUACGUGAACUUUCUGCUUGGUUGCAACGAUCUGCGCAGCGCUCGGGCAGAGCUUGCUCAGGGUGUCCUGGAUCGACUGCAACAGGCCGUUCGUGAUCGUCUUGCAAACCGCGAGGAGAGCCUUGGACUUCGAGAAAGCCUGGCGUUCUUAUGGCAGAAGUGGGCAAGGCUAGAGUGCUACUUCGGUGACGCAGAGGCCGUUCGACGUGCCACGUCAUUCCGAGAUUCCGAGUAUCGGAACCUUCAAAGAGACUUGGAAGUAGAUGCAGAAAACAUCCUGCAGACACCCAUCUCUUUGGGCUUGUCGACAUCAAUUCAGGAAGUGGAAGAGGGCUUCCGUUUCCUCCACUUGAUUCCAAGGUCAACCCGCCCCCAGCCCACGGCUUCUGCUGAGCAUGUAGAGGCUGUGCAACUUGAGGACCAAUCUGUCGCAGAUGCAGAAGGCGAUCACCGUCGCUUGGGGAACGCCACCCCCGCCAUUGGGCUGUCUUCACACAUUGCGCGGCCUGACACUUCCAAGAUGCUGACCUUCAGACCUGCACUGGAUGUCGCCAGCGUCCGAAAGAGGCACUUAGACACGGAUCGCGAAGACAAAGCUCACCUGCCAGUCAUGAUUCCGAAAUGCCUUCAAGACUUGCUGGCGGUCCUUCCUUCGAGGCCGCUGAAGGGAGCAAAGCCCGAUGUGGACUACUUGCUCACAGUCCUGCAGACAGUGUCGAUUCCUCCAGUUCCAGUGAAGGAGCUCGAUACUUUCCGGUACGAUAGUUUGCGCCUCCUCAAGACAGAGGAGGACACCCGCAGGCUUAUAAAAGAUGAAGAUGACGAUGGGAACGGCUUCUUCAGCUCCCGAUCUACUCUUUAUCGUGAACGUCUGCAAGCAAAACGUUCAAGCCUCAACCUGUUUGACAAGCUGCUUAGAAAGAAUUGCCGUGCCAUCGAGGCCAGAAAGUCUUGGUGGAGCAGCAUGGGAGACCGGAGUCGUGAGACUUGGCCCAAGAGCAACAGUUAA